AUGUUAGGGUUGGAAAAUCCUUCUUCAAAUAGCGACUGCAUAACUCUCUGCAGUCAACAGUUAGUGUCAUCCUGCGUCGGGUCAGUUGAACUGGAGGAGCUGGGUUUGAAGCCACUUGCAGAAUGGAGAUUGAUAACCAUAAAGGGAAAACCAGGAUUUUAUAUACUUCCCAAUUUACUGAGAAAUUUAUAUUUCAGAAAUGUACUGAAGGAAGCUGGGAAGUCACUGAGAUGGACCACAUUAGGUGUGGCAUACAACUGGGAAACAAAGCAGUACCCACAAACUGGUGAUCAGCUUCCGGUGGAGCUGGUUCAUUUUGCUAAGGUCAUCACGCAAGUUCUUGGUCUAGGCGUUAUGAAUGCAGAUGCAGCGAUUGUAAACUAUUAUCCUCCUAAAUCAACACUUUCCCCACAUGUUGAUAGGUCAGAACGUACAAAUGCGCCAUUGGUGUCGCUGUCUCUCGGCCAAUCCGCAGUGUAUCUGAGCGGUGGUAAAUCACUGGACGACGAUGUGGUUCCGCUGUGGCUACGUUCUGGAGAUGUUAUAGUAAUGCAUGGCGCACAGAGAUUCGUCUACCAUGCCGUUGCCGCCAUCGUCAGUGAUCGUCUCUUCGCCAUAGAAGAUCCGCUUUUAGAACAAUUUGCUAAUUCCAGUAGAGUUAAUAUCACCAUAAGACAGGUGAACAACGUCCAAUAG